CUCUGGAGGUGUCUCCGGUCCCACUCCAUAGAUGCUCCUUUAAUUAGCCCCUCUCCUCUUGUGAGAAGAGAGAAUUCAAAUUAAGUUCUCCCCAAGUAAAAAGAUUAGGACCCAGGAAUUGAUCAAAUUGUUCUGCUAGCCUGAUGGAAUCUUCUAUUUAGGACUUCAUUUCCUUCUUAAAGGUCCUGACUUCUGUGGUGCUCAAGGGAGCGGUCACAUAUCCUACAACUCCCAGAGCCAAGGGAACUUCUUUUAAGGGAUACAAUUUAGGGCUUGGGUGGGAUUAAUUGAAUUAAGUCCUGUCCUUCCCUUUCAGGUCUGGAGAUCAUGGCUUCCUGAGGUGGGGCUAAGUAUGGAGGAGGGAGAGAACAAUGGGUUCCAUUGCUGUGUCUUUAAAGUCUUCUUAGACACCCUUUUCACUUUGAUUCUUACUUAAUAUUAUGGGGCUGGAUAGCACAUAAAGCCUCUUUUGGAUUAACAGAUUAUUUACUAUUAACAUACAAAUUUAGUUUUUGGCCCACCCAGUCUUCAAGGGAGCCAUACUUGGGCCAAAUGGUACCAGACAAAACAAUAACUUAUCAUCUUUUUCUUGCUUUUUCCUUUAUAUUUUGUCAGUUUGUUCCAAUUACUUAACUUAUCUCCCAAGGGACUAUUUUCUGAUCAUUUUUCUCCUCAAGGGAUGGUUGAGACUGGGCCACACCCAUUGAAUUUGGAUGGAAUCUAAAUUCCCAAAACGCCCAAACACAUCAAUUGUCACCAAUUGACCUCAGUCACCCCAGAAGAUCUAUCCUAUCCUGUCCAGAGCACCCCUCCAGAUCUGUAACUCCACUCAAGAGGCCCACAGGGGGCUUACCUCUGGGUUGCCCCACAGCAAAUUGCUUGACUGAUCUGUCCUCACACGGAGGUGGGAAUUAUUGCCGCAGAGUUUUGUGCUUGUUUCCUGCCUUCAUGUUCUUUGUUCCAGUGUCAACAUACUAUGUUUUCUUCUGGAAACACCCACGCUAUUUUUUUCUACGUGGUAUAAAAGGGAAAUUGAGAUUUGGGGUAAGCAGGAAGGCUGGAAUUUUAGUUCCCAGCUCCUAUUUUUUCUCUUUUAUUCCUCCUCAGAGAAUUACAAGAUUAUGGUUUGUAUAUGUAAACAGAUAUUGUAGAGAUCAUUUAGUCCCACUCCCCUCAUUUUUAAUUUUACAAAGAAGGGAACUGAAGUCCACAGUAAAAUGCCUUGAAAUAAAAUGCGGAGGUCUGAAAAACAGACUUUAUUUUAUUAAGACCCACAAUUUCACUGGUGUCAGGAACUCCCUCGAUCAAACCGGACCGGCAAAUUCUUGUAACUUCCAGAGCAUUGCCUCGGCUUACAAGGCCCGUCCAGGUUCACCCGUCGCAGAGGUGGGGGUGGGGACUUGAAUAGCUCUUGUCUCUUAAGGCCCACUCUCCCUUGCGCCCUCCUCCAAGUCCCAGCUGAGAUCCCGCUCUUUACCAGAAGUCUUCCCCCUGCUGGUUAUUCCCUAUUAAGCCUGCACACAGCUUGCUUGCACACAGCCUAGUAGAUGGUAAGCUCUUCCAGGGCUCGAGCCGUCUUUAGGCCCCAGAGCAGAGGGGCAAACUCCCGGCAGGACACGAAGAAUCCGCGCCCCCUCCCCGGGUCGGGAGAGCAGACUAAGAUGUCACAGGAAAGUAGUGAAUAAAAUUGUAAAAGUGCAAAACCACGAGGAUGAUGCUAAGUGACGGUUUUCUACGUCCGCGGGCGCCAUCUGCGCUGGGGCCGGCACUUCAGAACCGCGUAGGGCCCUACGAGGUGCGUGCGGAGAAUGGGCACGGCCCGUGCAGGCCGCGGGUACAAAUUCCCCGAAAGGUUGGGCGUCCCCAGGGUUUCAGUGCCUCGCUGAGUCACAGAACUUAAAACUGCUGGGAAACGUGCCACAGAUAAAUGUCCGAAGGUGGUCCUGCGACCGCACGUCCCGGGCCAGGAGAGGCUUCGUGGGUCCGGUGUGCGGGGAAGGCCGGGAUCCCCCUGGCGUCCCGGGGCUCGGGAGAUAGGAGGGGCAAGGAGCCUCGAUGCUCUCUGCACUCGACGCUUUCUGCCUGAACCUCCUCCCUCCCACAGCCCGGGGGCGGACCCGAGGGGCGGGCCGGGGGGCGUGUUUCCGACCACGGAUUGGCUGCGUGGCUGCGGGCGGUGGGGUUAAGCGCGUCGCGGGGCCCGGGCCGGGGUCCCGCUAGAGCGGCUGCCGCUGAGUGUGGGGCCUCGAGCCCGAGGCGGAGGGAACCUUCCCGAGCCCCCCGAGCCCGCCAGCUAGCCUGCUAUGAAUCCCCAGAAGCCAUUCCCGCCGCUGGGCACUCGCCCCGGUCCUGGUCGGCCUCUGGUCCUGCUGCUGCUGCUGCUGCUGCCGCUGCCGUCGGCCCAGGUGCCUCCUCCGCAGCCCUCCGCUCCGAGGAGACCCCCGGUGGUGAUCGUACCUGGUGAUUUGGGAAACCAGCUGGAAGCCAAGCUAGACAAGCCUACGGUGGUCCAUUACCUUUGCUCCAAGAAGACGGACAGUUAUUUUACCCUCUGGUUGAAUUUAGAACUGCUCCUUCCCGUCAUCAUCGACUGUUGGAUCGAUAACAUCAAGUUGAUAUACAAUAGAACCACCAGGACUACUCAUUCCCCAGAUGGUGUGGAUGUGAGGAUUCCUGGCUUUGGAGACACCUUUUCUGUGGAAUACCUAGAUCCUAGCAAAGUUGCUGUUGGAGCUUAUUUCUUUACUCUGGUAGAGAGUCUUGCAGGCUGGGGUUACAAGAGAGGACAUGAUGUCCGAGCAGCUCCCUAUGACUGGCGAAGAGCCCCAAAUGAAAAUAAAUACUAUUUCCAAGCCCUCCGUGAGAUGAUUGAGAAGAUGUAUGAGGAGUACGGAAGCCCCAUUGUCCUUGUUGCCCAUAGCAUGGGCAACAUGUAUACACUCUACUUCCUCAACCAUCAGUCACAGGACUGGAAAGACAAGUACAUUCAUUCCUUUGUGUCAUUGGGCGCUCCCUGGGGAGGAGUGGCCAAGACCCUGCGUGUCCUAGCUUCAGGAGAUAACAACAGAAUUUCUGUCAUCAGUCCUAUAAAAAUCAGAGAGCAACAGAGAUCGGCUGUCUCGACCAGUUGGCUGCUUCCCUACAAUUAUACCUGGUCCUCAGAGAAGGUCUUUGUGAGAACCCCCAAAGCCAACUACACCCUCCGGGACUACCAGAAGUUCUAUAAGGAUAUUGACUUUGAGGAUGGCUGGUUCAUGAGACAAGACACAGAGCCCCUGGUCUACCAGAUGACGCCUCCUGGGGUACGGCUACAUUGCCUCUAUGGUACUGGGGUGCCGACCCCAGACUCUUUCUAUUAUGAAAGCUUUUCAGAACGAGAACCUAAAAUCUUCUCUGGCGACGGUGACGGCACAGUGAACCUGGAGAGCUCCCUGCACUGUCAGACGUGGGUGCACCAGCAGCAGCAGGAGGUGACCCUGCUAGAGCUCAAGGGCAACGAGCACAUCCAGAUGCUCUCCAAUGAGACUGUUCUUGCCUACCUGAAAAGUGUUCUCUUCGGUUUGUGAUGCUGUGUCCUGCAGCCUCCGCACUCCGUCACCCUGGAUGCCUUCCCUUCCAUCCCGAUGAGGGGGAAAUGCUGCUUCACUGUCUCAAAGGUGUUUGUGUGUUAAUUUAUUUUUAAUUUUUGAACUUUUUAAAGUUUUGAACUGGGCCUCGCCCUGCAGCCCAUGAUUACUUUUAUCAUUUUAAUGUGAAUGAGAUCUCGGCUCUGCAUCAGUGAUAAAGUACAUUCUCUUUCCUGGCCUUACCGUCCCGUUUGGUCGGCUUUUGGGUCGAAUCCACACAGUGAGCCCGUUUUUCUCAAGGGAACAAGUGUGAUUUUUGGUAGCGUGUUUGUAGAGUGGACAUGAAGAGAUCGGUCUCAGAUCACUAGAAAGGCUUCACGCAUCUUUUUUGCCUUUUGGGUUCUAGUUUUAUUUUAAAUUCUCCUUGUUUGGGGAAUCCUGAGUGUGGGCAGUAACACACUCAGCUGACCUUACUUCAAGAAAGAAAUCCAGUCCAAUCAUCGUUGUUUGUUGCUGGUGCUGCCACAGGCUUUGGCCUCUCCAGAGUGAGAGGGAGGGAGGGAUAUAUCAAUACUGCCAAAACCAGUCUCCGGGCCGGGGCCUUUUUACGCAAUAUAACACGAGUGGUCAUUCAAAGCUGGCUGUAACAAUACUUCCCUUCCUUUCCUGCCCCACUCCCCAAACUUUGGAUUGGGUAAAGCAAUCACAUGAUCUGUUUUUCUGCUCCCCUGCACAUGUGGGUUGCUUUUGGCCUAGCAGUUUCCUGUGCUCUCUGCCCUUCAUUCUACCCUUUCCUCAAGUGGUAGGUGGAGGAUCCACUCGCUGCUGUGGCUUUUUGUGCAUGAGACUUUGGUUUGGAUCCCUCCCCACCUUUCUAUUUUUGAAGGCUUUAUUAACAGUGCGUAACUGCCAGACUCCUUUCCUCAGCACAAUGGAAGAGAGAAUUGUAGCCCUCAUCAACUUCACAUAGUGUAGUUUAAAAAAAAAAAAAACUUCUCUGGGAAGCAUCCCGUCCCCUGGUGCUAUUGUUUUAUAGAUUGGGGAUCAAGGGAAAGAGUUUUAUGUUCAUACCAAAGUAGUUAAUCAUCCAUGUGUGUUUCUGAGUCGUUCUGCACAGGAGACAAACGGGCAGGUCACUGGUUUGGUCCCUCAACUAUUUACUGGCUAAGGGGUCCUGCCAACAUGGCUGGAAGAAAUGUGGAUGAGAUAGUAGGUCUUACAAUUCUGAAAUACGGAAUCCUCUUCAGCCCAUGAGUCUUAGAUAAACUGUACUGUCACUUUCAAGUUCCUUUAAUUCUUUCUCCCAUGACAAGUGACCAUGUUGCUUGUAUUGCUCAUAAGAAAUGAUGAUUCCUCUCCCUCCCCCCCAUCCCUAUGCCCUAUGUAUUUAUAUAACUUAAUCAUUGUUUAACUUGUGUAAUGAGAAAUCCUAUUGGAUCUUGGUCUUCAGGGUGUUUCUGGAUCCCAGGGACAGGAUCAAGCAGAAAACCACUUUUAAAAGUUCAAGGACCAGUGGACCUAGAAAACACCAUUUCUGAAAGAUCUAGGACUCGUGUUUACUCCCUAAAAAGGGCAUUUGGAGUUUAGCUUAUAAACAGGAUCAGGUUUUCUUACUACUUAAGCUGGAUCCUAUCCCACUUUCUUAAGUUGGAUCUUAUGAAAGAAGAAAUGGGGUCAGCGUUGGUUUUAUGGUAAACAUAACCUUAAGUAAUUUUCAAUCCCCAGAUUGAUAUGAGGGAGCUGACAGAUGAAGCAAGGUUAAGGUUUCUGCUUAUCCCUGUUUGUGCUCCAAGGGAAGGAAUCUAGAGUUCCAAGGACAUAGGGACUAGAAACCUAAAGCUCUAACUUUUGAAAAAUGCAUAGGGGCUUACCCCUUUCUGGUGUGUAUCUCUUGUAACUUCCACUUCUGUCUAACUGUGGCCACCUCCUCAGAUUGCCAGCCUUCAUAAUCUAGAACCUGUUCCAAGUAUUUGCAUUGACUUGCCAGGAGUCGAUGAUUUGAGACCCUCCUAACCUGAUCUGACCUCUAGGUGCUUCCUGAUUUUGUGGGUCAGGAGACCUAAAGACUCAUGAAUUGGUUAAUAACUGACAAAGGCCAUUUCCUGAGAACUUCCUGUGUACUUGUUGCACUGACAGGAGUUUACUUGGUGUGCCAUCCAGAGGGACCUCAAGGGCUACCUUUGUAAGCCCUAUGUGGGUAAUGAAGGGGAUUUUUCAAAUCUCUGAUAAUUUCGACAAGUUUUUCUACAAAUCAUAACUUAGAAUCACAAAGCAGAUCAUGUUUUUGAAGUAAAUAUUGUAACAUUUUCAAAAAGAGGACUGAGAUAUCGACAUUUCAUGACCACCGAGCUUGAGUUGAAGUAAAAAGAAGUUGCUCACUCCAUCACAAACAGCUUAGUUUUAUGUUUUUGUGGGUUGACUUUUUCUUACCAAGGAGGGAAAAAUGCAACUUUCUUAAAAAACCAAACUCUACAAAAAACUAUGUUUUUGAGGACCAAAUGUAUUCUCUGACAAUAAGAUUGAAGAGAAAAUGUCCAGCUCUCAUCCUAAGAAGGUUAAUAAUACACUUGCUGGGAACUCUGUAGGAAACAGUGCCUAUCGUUAGCUGUGACCUCAGAUGCUGCAGUCAGUGAAAUGGCCUCUGGAGGGAGCGGGGCCACCAAGGAUGCAGAAGAUGCCCUGGAGUGGAUCCAGGGUCUGCUCCAAAAAAAAUCAGGGAAUGUUUUGCCAGGACUGUGCUGCUCUAUAUUUUAACAGUAUUUUAUAUGGAAGCUAUUGAAUUUUAUUGUAUAUCAUAUGCUCUAUAAAUAUGUGUGUGUAUGUGAGUGCUUAUGUGCAUAUAUCUUUUGGUCUGAAUGACUGACUUCACUGAGAAAUUUUGCACAUGUGUACUUUGAGACACUUCAUGUAUAGUAAUAAAAGUAAAUCUGAUAAA